UUAUUAUAUACUCAGUAGUCAGUACUACGACUGAGAAAUGGAUAUAAAGAAGUAUUUCUUAUCAUCAUCAAUCAUAAUAAAUCCAACUCACCUUUCUUUUCCCUAUCUCACAACAACAACAACAAUAAUACUCCUUAAUAAAUAAUUCAUUCUGAUUUGUAGAGACCGAUGGCUGGAGGUGGAGCAAGUACUGAUGUAAGAUCGCUGGAGCAAACACCCACAUGGGCAGUUGCCACUGUUUGUUUCGUCCUCAUAUUUGUUUCUAUUUUUGUCGAACAAAUCAUCCAUAUGAUCGGAAAUUGGUUUAAGAAGAGACGAAAGAAAGCUCUAUACGAAUCCUUGGAAAAGAUCAAAGCGGAGCUUAUGCUGUUGGGAUUUAUAUCAUUGUUAUUAACCGUGGGAACUAAACCUAUUACGAAGAUAUGUAUAUCCAAAAGUGCGGCCGACAGUUGGCAUCCGUGCAGCCGGAAGGAAGCAGGAGAGGCGGCGCCGGCCGCCGGAGACACCCACCGGAGGCUGCUCACUUGGUCAAAGAUGGGUGAUAAUGCAAGGCGAAUAUUGGCAAGUGGUGAUGGUCAAGACAACUGUGCACACAAGGGACAAGUACCGUUUAUGUCAAAUGAUGGGGUUCAUCAACUUCAUAUAUUUAUCUUCGCUCUUGCUCUAUUUCACGUCAUGUAUUGCAUCCUUACGAUGGCUUUAGGACAUUUAAAGAUGAGAACAUGGAAGCAUUGGGAGAAAGAGACAAGAACUGCAGAGUAUCAAUUCUCUCAUGACCCAGAGAGGUUUAGAUUUGCAAGGGAAACAUCGUUUGGAAGAAGGCACGUGAACUUUUGGAGCGAGUCUACCAUUCUGCUAUGGAUUGUUUGUUUUUUCAGACAAUUUGGUCGAUCGGUCCCUAAAGUUGAUUAUCUCACAUUGAGACAUGGAUUCAUCAUGGCACAUCUACCUGUACACAGCCAGACCAGAUUCGAUUUUCAGAAAUACAUUAAUAGAUCACUCGAAGAAGAUUUCAAGACCGUUGUUGGUAUAAGCGCACAUAUUUGGUUAUUCGCCAUCGCCUUUCUGCUCUUCAAUACCCAUGGGUGGUAUUCUUACUUUUGGCUACCCUUUAUACCGUUGUUUAUAGUUUUACUGGUCGGAACAAAGCUACAGGUGAUAAUCACGAGGAUGGGAUUAAGUAUUCAAGAGACAGGAGACGUCAUACGGGGUGAACCUGUGGUUCAACUCGGUGACCAUCACUUUUGGUUUAAGACCCCUUGUCUCAUCCUUUAUUCCAUCAACUUUGUCCUCUUUCAGAAUGCCUUUCAGAUGGCUUUCUUUGUAUGGACGUGGUAUGAAUUUGGGUGGAAAUCUUGUUAUCAUGAACAUACAGAAGACAUUGUGAUCAGGAUCUCAAUGGGGGUUUUUGUUCAGAUUCUAUGUAGUUAUGUUACCCUUCCUCUGUACGCCCUUGUCACACAGAUGGGAUCUACGAUGAAGCCGGCAAUUUUCAAUGAGCAUGUUGCAACAGCAUUAAAAUCAUGGCACCAAACCGCCAAAAAACAUGUAAAAGUAAACAAAAAGUCGGGCCAAGUAAUAACUCCAAUGUCAAGUAGGCCUGGCACACCUUCUCGCAGCAUGACACCAAGUCAUCUAAUACUUAACUCCAAAAAUGACAAUGAUAGCUUGCAGACGCCUGCUAGAAUGUCAGACGUUGAUGGCGAUGAUUGGGGCACUGUUGGUUCACCCUCACUUUCAGAUCAUGAAUUUGGUGACAUUGAAACAUCCACAGGUCAUCAACAGGUAGAAUUGGGCUCUAUGAAUGAUCAACGUGAAGAUAUCAAUGAUGAGUUCGUUAGAAGUGGUGGUAAUUCUUGAGUCCAUUGUUAGCCAACAUGAUAUAUCAAUCAGAGUUCCUAUGAAAUUCAUUUGAUAAGAACAAAGUAUAUGAUAGAGUUGAGUAGGUAAAGGAAACUAUAUAUGAUAGAGUUCCUAGGUAAACAAAGUAUAUGACAGGGUGAAUGAGAAAAACAUUGUAUAAAAGAGUUAUUCUCUAAUGGUUUAAUCAAUGUGUAUCCACGAUUUACUGUA